AUGGAUCACCCGGACUCUUCUUCUGUCCUGGACACCACGGGCAGGCCAAGGUCCAAUACCGGUUACUUUACCCCUCACCCGCCCUAUCUCCUCUCCUCAGACGGCGAGCAUUCAGACCUGUGCCCACACCCAGAGGAGAACCAACCACCACCAGAAACCCCGCUGGCGCCCAAUUCUCCCUUCUCCCCCGUCCCAGUGGCUCCCACGCAAUCAUCCUUUCCGUCAUGGCCUUCCUCUUCCACGCGUCCACGGGGUAGUAGCGGUGCUGGUGCAUCCUUGGCCGGCUUCGACCAACCCCUUCCCCCAGACAUGGCUGACUUGAGACCCCAGCGACCCUCCGGGCCAGCCAGGACUCCCUCCAACACCUAUGCGCCUCCCCGCAAGCCUCCCCAAUUUACCUCAGUCCACUCCAGCGUCCAGAUACCGUCCGUUACCAAACGCCCCCAACGACGAGAUCCCGAUGCUAGAUAUCGUGCCCAGGAGAGAGCAUAUGUUCAACGAGUGCGUCAGGGGCACAAUGGAUGGCUCAACUUUGAGUCUCAGAUCCCGGGCCCGGGCUUUGGAGCUGACUCUGAGCCAGAGGAAGAAUCUCCUUCAUCAGAGUCACAGUUCGACACUGACCCUUUCGACCCAGACACCCACCUCAUCUUAGAAGAUGAUGAUGCCCAACCUACACUGGAGGAGCUACAAGAUCCGAAAAACAAAGAAAGGCUUGAAUGGUAUUCCAUGCUAGCAUCGGUGCUCAAGGGCGAUGUCAUCAGACAGGAGAAGCAAAGGUUGAUUGGGACAAUGGAGCAAAAGAGUCGCGAGGUGUGGAAUACGGAAAUUUUCCUCGGAGCCAAAGCUGCCAGAUUUGGAAGACCUAUCUCUCUACAGAAGAAAUUUGUCGAGUAUCAAAUAAGCAACCUUGGCCCCAUCAUCGAAGACAUCAUUUCCUUUGAGAUCAAAGGCGAAACACAAGUUGGGAAACCCCCGCUGAAGCAGGUUGAGGAUAUCGUGGAGAAAAUCGAACAGUGCGAGAGUCUAUACCCUAGCCGGCGUAUUCUACAAGCGGAACACCCCCGUGCUGCGUCGGAAGAAUUCCAAGAGAGCUGUGACGCUGUCAUCGCCUGGCAUAACACGACAUUGUCGAUUAACACUGAACUCGCUAUCCUAAAAAGGUGGGUGGGGAAUGAAGAGUUGGAUUUCGCGAAGCCCAUGACUAUGGCCUCCUAUGCAGCGGACUUAUCGGACGAAGGCUCAUUUCUCGAUCGUAUCAUGAAGGAAGACGGGCUCAAAACACUUCAAAGCACUGAGAAUGUAUAUGAUCAUGAUAAGAAAAAAGAACCCUCUAUCCUGGAUGGUAUUGGCGGUGUGAUCAAAAAAGCCAAAAGUACUUUAAUUGAGAACGCGGAAGCGUUUGCAAAACGGCAUCUACCGCCGUACAUUGAGGAACUGUUGACACUCAUAAACUUCCCUUCGCGCCUUAUCCAAGAGGUCAUCCGACUUCGUCUUUCCUACGCCAGGAAGAUGAAGGAUCCGGGCUUGCAAUCUCCUAUCUUAGUUGAUCAAAUGAUUUCCCAAUUCCAAAUCCUGCUGAAGGUUGCUGUAGACAUCAAACAACGCUACCUUAUCAUCUCUAAUCCUGAACCCGGUUGGGACCUCCCCCCUUGUGUUGACGAGAACUUUGACAAUGUUGUUGUCGGCGGCCUGAAAUACUAUUUCAAAUUAUUGAAUUGGAAGCUCAGUGCCAAUAAAAAUACUUUUAAAGAGGCGGAGAUACUGGAAGGGGAGUGGGAGUUUUCUAAUGAUAUUGGCCGACAACUCGAGAAUGGUGACAUCGAAGUAGCUGAACAGUUCAGCACUUUAACCGCCAAAUCCUUGCAACGAUUGAUGAUCCACUUCGAGCGGGAAUUGUCUUGUCGACCGGGCGAAGACGCUGUUGAGACAGAGAAACGCUAUAAACAAAUUUUUGACUCAGUACGGGUUCGUCAGCGAAAACUUUUCCGGUUUUCACGUCUCUUGCGCCAGCGGUUCGAAAAUGCAACCGAAUUUAACCUGCGGCAGGAUAUGGUGGACACGUUAUCAGAGGCUCUCCUGGCCUCUGGCCAUUUCAUGGUGAUCUCACACGAUUCGGUGGGCCAGAGAGGAGUUCGUCUCAUUGCGUCGCCUUCACUAUACGGCCGACCUAAAGAUAUACAAUCUAUCCUGGGCACGUCGUUCCGUGCUGAGGAUUUACCCGAGGAUCCGUCUAAUCCUUACGUUCUCGUCCUCCUCCCCGAAAAGCCUCUAGAAUGGAAUGGCAAAAGGAUGGAGGUGGACCUUUUGGAACAGCCCACGGAUGUUAGAUUGGGCAAAUUACGAUUAGUCGCGGACGGAUCUCAACAACGGCUUCAGAAUGCACGCCACGCAUUAACUAGACUAACAGGUCUACAGUUGGAUAUUACUGUCGAACAGCGUGCCAACCUAGGUCGUGUCAAUGUUGAACUGAACAAGAUUAAGAAGACAGCUUACAAACUCUCAACCGGAAUCAUCGACAGCGUCGAAAUUGUCAGACGACAAAGCAAAAAUGCAGCCAAUCACGAACUCAUCCAAUCUUGCUUUGCGUUUGCUACUGAAUUUGGCAAACGUUCGCUCAUGUAUAUGGAUGCCAACCGACGUUCGAUGAACCAUACCAAGCUUGUUAAGCUGGCUCUCGAUUGGGUCUCUUUUAUUUGCGAUGACUGCGAUGCUGCCGAUCGCAAGACCUUCAAGUGGGCUGUAGCGGCGCUCGAAUUUGCUAUGAUAGUAACGCAUGGCCAAAGCGUUCUCGCUAUAAGUAACGAAGAUUACAGUCGCCUACGGGUUAAAGUUGCUGGGUGCAUGUCACUUUUAAUUUCUCACUUCGAUAUCAUGGGAGCAAGAUCGUCGUUAGCGGCGCAAGCUGAACAACAACACACUGACCCCUCUGGACAAAGGUUCAGAAAACUGGACCUGAGUCGGAUCAUGGAUGAUGCACAGGCAUCACGAGAGGUACAAGAAAGGCGGGAGGCCCUUUUCGCAGAGAUCGACCAGACAAGAAUCGAGGCUGAUGCCAAGAGGCAAGCUUUGGGUAAAGUUCUGGAAGGUGCCAAUGAAGCAGAUCGGUCCGUUACUGUGCUGUCUUCGUCAGCAACGAAUGUGACAUUGCGAUGGCAGCAAGGCCAGUUUAUUGGCGGAGGGACAUCUGGCUCAGUUUACGCUGCCAUUGAUCUGGAUACCAGUUAUCUGAUGGCGGUGAAGGAAAUACGCCUCCAAGAGCCCUCUGUUAUUCCUGGUGCUGCACAGCAGAUCCGCGACGAGAUGGGUGUUCUUGAAGUUCUUGAUCAUCCCAACAUUAUUUCAUACUACGGCAUCGAGGUGCAUCGAGAUAAGGUCUAUAUUUUCAUGGAAUAUUGUUCUGGUGGAUCUCUUGCAACUCUGCUAGAGCAUGGCCGAAUUGAAGACGAGAUGGUUAUCAUGGUAUACACACUCCAGAUGCUUGAGGGGCUGGCCUACUUACACCAGGCUGGAAUUGUCCAUCGCGAUAUCAAACCUGCAAAUAUCUUGCUUGAUCAUAACGGAGUCAUUAAGUACGUAGAUUUCGGUGCGGCAAUGGUCAUCGCGCGCCAGGGCAAAACCUUGGCUGCCAUGGAUCAUUAUUCAUCGAAUGCAAAAGAUGGAAGGGGCCCGGCGAAGGAUGCACUUGGACAGAAGAGAAACCAAAAAUCUGUGACUGGCACUCCGAUGUAUAUGUCCCCAGAACUUGUCAGGGGAGAAGUAGGCCACACCUCCGGCCGCCACGGCUGCAUGGACAUAUGGUCUCUUGGCUGUGUAAUCCUCGAAAUGGCCACAGGCCACCGCCCCUGGGCAGGUGUGGACAACGAGUGGGCAAUCAUGUACAAGAUUGCACAGGGCAGUCAACCACAACUCCCUACGCCGGAUCAACUUAGCCCUAUAGGCAUCGAUUUCAUCAAGCGAUGCUUUGAGAUAGACCCCGUUAAACGACCGAGUGCGACUGAACUUCUACAGCAUGAGUGGAUUGUCAGCAUUCGACAACAGGUCGUUGCGGAGCCUCAAACUCCUAGUAGCGAAGGGGGCAGCGUCAGUGGCGGCAGUCUACCGCCGAGUACUGGAAGCUCUCGGCAGAAUUCAACCAAUGCGCUUUGA